AUGGUAUUCGGCGCUGCUCUUGUUUUUGUACAAAAGCAUCGGCAGACCACCCAAAACGAGACGACCCGGGUGUUUACACGUAGCUUUCUGCGUGCUUUUAAUUCGGGCCGCAGCAGACCCGUCAUGUUGCCCUUCCCGGCACCUGCCAGAUUCUCGGUCCGGUGUAGACAGAACAUAAAGAGUCGUGACCAGACGCCGAACUUUGUAGCAGGUUUCAUGGUUGCACUGCAAGUCAACAGGAGGAUCCUCUCCGUCAGACUGUCGUUUGCGGCCCGUGCCAUGCAGCCUGCACCAGACUCGCUCCGACGUACUGAUCAGGCAUCACCGUCGGCAUGGCGGCAUUCCUAUUCAGGAGAGCCUGGCGCCGUCUGGACGCCACCGCCUGGAGCCUUCAGGCCCUCCAUGCCGCAGAUGGCAGGAUACCAGCGGCGCCAUACCACCAUGCCUGGCAUGCUCGACGUGCCUGACGUUCCGGACGUGUGGGAAUAUCACAACCGGCAGGCCAGUCUCCGGCAUGCAAGCACCACGCAGUGGCACACACCGCAGGUGGAGAGACCAUCCGUGCUGCAUGCUGCCUUUCAGAUCUCCUCUGCACCGGCUGACGAAGGAGGCCGAGUUGUUUCCGGGAGGCCUGGAGUCAGCAAGAAAGAUCGAAUCUGUCGGGUGACUGCUGCUGGCACUGCGUUCGUGAUUGCUCUCCUGGCGAUGCUUAGCAGCUCCUGGCAGCAGCAAACUGUAGCUGCCACCCCGGAGGAGGUACACAAGGUCUAUGCGACCAUGAUGUCCAUCUUACCUGGUGAGCAUCGGAUGGAGCAGCCCAGGAGUUUCUCGAAGAACGUGCAGCCUGUGUUCGAGCUGCAAGCGGGUCUCUUCAGCGCGUACGUCGUCGAUCUGUGCACUCCCAGCUCUGGCUUCGAUUACGUUGUCGACAAAGCUGCGUGUGAGCGCAAGCUCGAAGGAUUCUGCGACUCACUCCGUGACAGCACGCCGAACGACAGGUGGCUGCGGGCUGCAGAUAAGCUCCAUAAGAGCUGCCUACGCACUGUGCGUGGCAAGCAAGGCAUUUCUGUCCCGUUGCUGGGUGGUCCGGUGCACCAACUCUGGGGCACUGACAGAAAUUCUCGGCGGCUGAUGCAGGAAAGCUCCGAGGAUGUGGUAGACCAGCUACGCCGCGAGUUUGAGGUAGGCCCUAGCGACUGGAUGCCAAAUUUCUGCGCCACCGUUGCAAAUUGCGAGCAGCUGGAGGCUAUGCGACCCUGGAACAUUGCCGUCGUGAUCGCCUUUGUGGCUGGGGUCCUUAUGCUCUUGAUAUCCACCGUCACCUUUAUCUACGACCUCCUGCGACCAGACGACAAGCGCUCAAGCAGAGGCUUCGUGUUCAUGGGCCUCGCCUGUGGCUGCCUCGCAAUUGCGGCCCUGUUGUACCUGCACGUUGCUCAGACGUACCCGGUGAGCAGCUACAUUCGCAGCGAGAGCCUCUUUUACUUCAUGCUGGCCGAGCCUGGUGACAUGUCGCGACGGCUGAAGGAUGUCUCUCACGGUGCUGAGUCUCCCAGCAAAAGGUGGAAAGGUGUCUUGCUGUCUUUGACAGGAUCAUUGCUCCAGGGAUUGUUGGCUGGAGACAUGUCGACCGUCUACAAGCAGCUGCAGCAGGCGGUUGACAGGGCCUGGCAGCUUGCGGACGUCCUUUUCCAGCGAUGGCUAAAGUACCUCCACUUCGCCGUAGAGCAGGCGCCGAAAGAUGGAACGCUCCUCCUUCGCGAUGCUGCUGCCAAAAUCCAGGAGCUGGAUCGUGAAGUCUUGAGCCUGGCAGCGAUGGACAAUUCCACACAGGAAGGCGUGCUGCUGGCAGAGCUGGGCCAACAGCUGCACGAGCAAGCAGAGCAGCUUCUGGCGUUCAACGGUCAAGCGAUCCAGCUGGUGAGCGACGGUGAGGUCGUCGUCCACGCUAUUGUCAGGAGUUGGCAAGAUCUGCGGACCCCAGUGGUGGACCUGGUCCAGCACAUCCGGGAUGCCUGGAAAGGCGGAGCCCUGAAUCAGCUCGUCUCCUUCGCAAAGGACCUCGCACUAGACAAGGCGACCAUCGCGGACCUGAAGAUGAUCUUCACGCGCCUCUCCGACACACUGCCGAAAGUCGUGAAGGGGGCGCAGAAGGUCGCUGAUGAUUUCCGUCAACUCACUCAGAGCUUCGGGCCGCUUGCGAAGCGGAUGAGAAGCAGCCUGCAGCAGAGCGCAUCCUGCUUCCAGCGCCUCGCGGCUUUGGAGAUCAACCAGACGCGAGAGGAGACACUGCAGUAUGCGAAGAGUGUCGUGGAGGAUCUUCGCAAGCCGGGAGGCUUGAAGAAGCUCUCUCAGAUUUGGUCCAACUUUGCAGCUCAGGACAUGGGCGGCUUUUUCAGGGCCUAA